AAGUAUUGCCUAUAUUAUCACUAACACUUACGCCACACAGUCCUGCACAGGAGGUUUAAGAUCUGCAUGGCCUCUUUUUAACGUCAAGUCCAUUAAACAACUGCCACAGCACCUGUUCCUACCAUGUCAGAUACCGAGGAAAUAAUAGAAGAAUACGAAGAAGAGGAGGAAGAAGAAGAAGUACAAGAGGAAGAAAUACAGGAAGAAGAGGUAACAGAAAAAGAUCAUGAACAAGAAGCUGGCACAGAAGAAGGUGGAGAUGAAGAACAAGGAGAAGAAGAAUCAAAACCCAAGCCCAAACUUUUUAUGCCAGCCUUGAUUCCUCUGAAAAUUCCAGAUGGAGAAAAAGUCGAUUUUGAUGACAUUCACAGAAAACGCAUGGAAAAGGAUCUUACAGAACUUCAGACACUUAUCGAAGCUCACUUUGUAAAUCGCAAAAAAGAGGAAGAAGAACUUUUGUUUUUGUCUGACCGCAUGGAAAAAAGAAGAGCAGAACGAGCAGAACAGUUGAGGAUUCGAACAGAGAGAGAGAAGGAAAGGCAGGCCAGAGUAGCUGAAGAACGUGCUCGGAAGGAAGAAGAGGAAAAUCGGAAAAGAGCAGAAGAAGAUGUCAAGAAAAAGAAAGCGUUUUCCAAUAUGCUCCACUUUGGAGGCUACUUACAAAAAACAGAAAGGCGAGGAGGAAAAAAACAGACAGAGAGAGAGAAGAAAAAAAAGAUUUUAACUGAGAGAAAACAACCACUUAACAUUGAGAAUAUGAACCAAGAAAAUCUAAAAGCACAAGCUCAGUCUCUAUAUGAUCAGAUAUAUCAACUGGAGGCUGAGAAAUUUGACCUUCAAGAGAAAUUCAAACUGCAGAAAUAUGAGAUUAAUGUUCUGAUAAAUCGAGUCACUGACCACCAGAAACAGAAACUCGCUAAGGUUCCAAGGUCUGGCAAGGGAAUUCUAGGAGGAAGAUGGAAAUAAUCUGGAACAACGGACAGAUAUGAAAAGGAUGAAGUGGAAUCCUCCUGCAAUUCAAGCUUGUGAAUUCACAUUUUACUCCCUUCAUGACACAUAAAUGUUCAUGUUUUUUUUUUCAUUGCACAUAGAUAGCUUAAAAGCAGUUUACAAAUUAGCUUACUCUACAAUUGAAAAAUGGUUGAAUUUUAGUAGAAAAAUUACUUUCUAGGUUAACCAUCCCAGUUGGAAUCUGCAAAAUAGGGAGUGGAUUCAAAAAAUGUAUGCAACACGUGCCACAGAACACCUUUUCCUCUCCACCCCAUCAUGGCACCUGGAGGAUUGUGGCCAUCACUGUAGUAGCUUGGGCUACUACAGUGAUUCACUGCUUCAGUUUGUGAAUGAACAGGAAGCUGCUCAGCACAGAGCACUUCCCAAUCAUUUGCUGUGCAG